CCUCCUCUCUGGCCUUCGCAAGACACGGAUAUUUCCCCAGCUUUCUGUUUCGAUUUCGAGAAUGGCGGCCUUCCGGAAAAGCCUGGCUAGGCGAUUCGCUUCCCUCUUGCUGCCUACCGCCGCCGAUGGCGGAGUCGGUCGUCCCUGCGGAUUUCUCUUUCUUCAGAAGCGGCCCCUUUUCCAGCGGGCGCUGCCGCCCGACCGCCAAUUGAUGCUGCUGGCGGCCGACCGGAUAAGCGAGCGGGUUCGCAGCCUGAACCCUUGCAGGAUCUGCCUCGACGUGAUCCUGCCGCCGGCGCGGUCUGAAGCGCCGGUAUUGAGGGAGGAGGGGGAGGUUUUGGUGGAGAAGAAGAGGGUGUCUUUGGUGGAGGUGAGGAAAUUGGCGAGGGCUUCGCUGGUGGCGGUGGUGCGGGCGCGUCUAGCAACAGUAGAGAAGAGUUGCAUCGCUUACUCCGAGUUUGUACGUAUCUGCUGCGAGGCGUCUAAUAGCGAGCAGGGUUUGGAAAUCGCCCGAUCGCUCGACGAAUCCGGAGUUGUUGUAGUGCUUGGAAACGUGGUUUUCCUGAGGCCUGAAGAGGUGGCAAAAACAAUUGAGAAGUUGAUCCCAUUGUCAUCGAGCCAUGAGAGUUAUCACACGAGAGAAGAAUUGAAGAUGCUGGAAGAGAAGAAAUCUGAGAUUGAUAAACAAGCAGCAGCUCAAGUCAGGAAGGAGUUGUGGCUUGGGCUGGGGUUCAUGGUGGUGCAAACAGCUGCGCUGAUGAGAGUGACUUUCUGGGAGCUUUCAUGGGAUGUGAUGGAGCCAAUCUGCUUCUACCUCACCUCUGUCUACUUCUUGUCGGGCUAUGCAUUCUUCCUCAGGACGUCCAAGGAACCAUCCUUUGAGAGCUUCUUUGCCAGCCGCUUUGCCACAAAACAAAGGCGUCUCAUGAAAGUACAAAAUUUUGAUUUGACUCGCUUCAACGAACUUAGCCAAGCAUUCUCUCACUCUCUACCACCACCCCCUUAUUCAAAGUUUGCUUCUGCUUCCUGCCAUUGUGAUAGGGAUAACUAAUCAUUAGUUGGUUCAUCACAUUUAUGAAGUUCAAUAUUUUUAGUUAUGGUAAACAUGUUACACUAAACCAAGGAAAGUUGUUCCUGAGCUACCAAUUUUGCGGCAUACCAACAAGAGAAAAUCAUAUAUCUUCGAAUUCACUUGUUAUGAGGACAAUACAAAGGGAUACAUGCAUACCAUCAUGCAAAGCUACUCUCGGAGCAGAUUCUCAAAAUUGUGUUAUCGUUAACAAAGGUGAUUCUCUUGAUUUUAAGAUGAGUGACUUGAAGCCUGUAUUGUGGCUUCAAAUGAUACUUGUGAUUGAACUCAACUUGUAGUGUGAUGAUCUACACAAGCCUGGUGUUAUUUGUUUGAUUGAAGCAAAACAAUCCAGCCAUGAAUGUACAAAUUUGUCUCUUCUGGUGAAAAUUGACUAGUAUGUUGCUUAUUCUGUCA